AUGAAGUCCCCAGUCUUCAUCCUUUCUCUGCUCCUCAUUCUGGAAAGACAGGCAUCUGUGGUCGGAUUCUAUGGCGGCAGCUUCACCAAAGGCGGCUUCACGAGUAGUUCGUCAGAAUUUAUGAAAGGUCAUGUCAAUUACGGGCUCAAAGGAGCAAGUGAAGAUGCAGCCGAAGAAAGUGUUUUCUUGCAGACAAAGCAUCAAGCGUAUGACCAGGGUAAUGGCAUGACACACACACGUCUUUCACAAGAACAUACAGGUGUAAAGGGGGCUUCACUUUGUCGUAUAGGACAAAUGUCCCAACUAAAAUCCCAAGAAUCCCAAGUAAAAUCCUUUGGACAAGUGAAAUCUCAUGAAUCGCAAUUGAAAUCAUCGUAUGGCCAACUAAAAUCCGAAAAUGCACAAGUAAAAUCCUUUGGACAAGUGAAAUCCUAUGGACAAGUGAAAUCCCAUGAAUCGCAACUGAAAUCAUCAUAUGGUCAACUAAAAUCCCAAAGUGCCCAACUAAAAUCCUAUGGCCAGCUAAAAUCCCAAGAUGCCCAACUAAAAUCCUUUGGCCAACAAAAAUCCUAUGGUGAAGAAGCUCAACUGAAAUCCUAUGGCCAACUAAAAUUCCAAGAUGCCCAACUAAAAUCCUAUGGCCAGCUAAAAUCCCAAGAUGCCCAACUAAAAUCCUAUGGUCAGCUAAAAUCCCAAGAAGCCCAACUAAAAUCCUAUGGUCAGCUAAAAUCCCAAGACGCCCAAUUAAAAUCCUUUGGUCAGCUAAAAUCCCAAGAUGCCCAACUAAAAUCCUUUGGCCAACAAAAAUCCCUAAAAGGUUUCUCUCAACAAACUCAGCAUAAAGGAUUUGCUAUGAAUGAAGAACUAUCACAAGUGCGCAAACAAUAUGAUGAAGAUGAUGACCAGUCUGUACAACAAAAGUCUAGCCAACAGGUAAAAACAGGGGAAGACUUACAAUUUGGACAACAACGCCAAUUUGGACAAGAACACUCACAAUCCUAUAAAGGAUAUCUUGAACAAUACAAAAAGAAAUCACAAGACCACUAUCAACAAAGAAAAGAUUUUAAUCAAGAUGGCUAUUUUACAAAGGGAGGGGCAGACCUAUAUCAAGUUCAGCUUAAAGGAUAA